GAGGCGGAGGGGAGAACGGGCAGGAACGGGCGGGGGGUCGGGUGUGCUGCCCUCCCCUGCUUCCUUUGGUGGGGAGAGCCCAAACCCCCGGGGCUCUGGAGUAAUUCCGGUCCCCGGGGUGCGCUCUGUCCCCCGGGACCCCUCCGCUCCCUCCCGCCCUGCUGGAACCCGCCUUGUUUCGCCUUCCCCGCCCUCUCCCAGCUGGGGGCUGUGGUCUGGGGGGCUCCGGAGGGAAGGAAUUUCCCAGCUCGGCUCCUUCCCUCGGUGCUGCCCGUGGCAGGGACGGGUCCCGCAGCAAUCGCUGCCCUUUGCGGUGUCCCAAAGUCCGCGCUCCUGCGAGGAGCGGGGCCAGCACCGGGAACGGAUGCUGGGCGAAAACAGGGAAUGGCUGAAGGGCAGAGCUGAUACCCCUGCGGAGACCACCUCAAUUAAUCAAUAAUUAAUUAAUAGUGAGAACUCCUGCCCUGAGGGAUGUGGGUGAAGGCAGGAGCUCGGCUGGGUUUACCAGGAAGAGCCGGGGCUCGUGUCCGGGAUGUGGCAGCUCCGUGUCCGGGAGGGAACCAUGGCAGAGAAGAUCCUGGUGACGGGCGGCGCCGGCUACAUCGGCAGCCACUGCGUGCUGGAGCUGCUGCAGGCGGGAUUCGUCCCCGUGGUCAUCGAUAACUUCCACAACGCCAUCCGAGGAGCUCGACAUCACGGACGAGGCCGCGCUCCAGGAGCUCUUCGGGAAGCAUCGCUUCUCGGCCGUGAUGCACUUUGCGGGGCUGAAGGCCGUGGGGGAGUCGGUGCAGAAGCCUCUGGAAUAUUACAGAGUGAACCUGACCGGGACCAUCCGGCUGCUGGAGACCAUGAAGGCGCACGGCGUGAGGAACAUCGUGUUCAGCAGCUCCGCCACCGUCUACGGGGACCCCAAGUACCUCCCCCUGGACGAGAACCACCCGGUCGGGGGCUGCACCAACCCCUACGGCAAAUCCAAGUUCUUCAUCGAGGAGAUGAUCCGGGAUCUCUGCAAAGCAGAGAGGGUGAGGAGCGGCCCCGAGGGGCUGCAGCCCAGGUGUGUCCCCACGGGGGUGACCGGGCAGCGCCGUCCGUGUGUCCCCAGGACUGGAACGCCGUCCUCCUGCGCUACUUCAACCCCAUCGGCGCCCACGAGUCGGGGAUGAUCGGAGAGGAUCCUCAGGGGAUCCCAAACAACCUCAUGCCCUACGUGGCUCAGGUAGCGCCCCCACAGCCCUUGGGGGGUGACAGGGAGGGGACAGAGGGUGAUGGGGCUCCCAUGGGGCUGUCCCUCUGUGCAGGUGGCAGUGGGACGCCGGGAAUUCCUGAGCGUCUUUGGGAACGACUACAAGACGGACGAUGGAACGGGUGCGUCAUGGGAUGGGUGGAAUUUGGGAUUUCCAAAGCCCUGGCUGCACCCUGGGCCCUGCCCUCAGCCUCUGUGUCCCCACAGGAGUCAGGGAUUACAUCCACGUCGUGGAUCUGGCCAAGGGCCACAUCGCUGCUCUCAAGAAGCUCAAGGAGAACUGUGGCUGCAAGAUCUACAACCUGGGCACAGGCACCGGCUACUCCGUGCUGCAGAUGGUCCGGGCCAUGGAGAAAGCCUCAGGGAGGGAGAUCAAGUACCAGAUCACAGCCCGGCGGGAGGGAGACGUGGCCUCCUGCUACGCUGACCCCGCGCUGGCCGAGCGGGAGCUGGGCUGGAAAGCUGCCUUUGGCCUGGACAAGAUGUGUGAGGACCUGUGGCGGUGGCAGCUGCAGAACCCCACGGGCUUCAGCAAGAACUGAGCUGUGGCUGAGGGCUGGCCGGGCCCUGGGCUGCUCUGAGCCAGCACUGCCUCCUUCCCUGAGAGCUGUCACCAUCCUGGGAGAGCAGUUCCAGCUCCCCCUCCUGCCUCUGGCACGGGGCAGGAAGGCUGGAGCAUCCUCAGCCUCUCUAUUCCUCAUCCUCAUCCCCCAGGUCUUUGCAUCUCACAGAGCAGAACCACAACAAACAGAGAACACAGCCAGGCCUGGUUUGGCACCCCAGGCAUGGAACCCCUUGUGGGAAUGGCCAGGGGCUGCAGCCAGGGACACCUGAGUCCUGCUGAGCCCAAACUGCAGCACAGCCCCUGUUCCCUCCUGCCCCACCUGCCUCGUGGGCUCAGGGGGAGCCCGAGGCACCUCUGCCCCUGCCCCGGCACAGAGCGGGACCAGGAGCCUCCCACAGGGACCUGUCACAUUCCAAGGCCACCACAGCUCAUCUCCCCAACCCAGGGCUUCUUCCACCCCCCCACCCCAGCAUGGUUUUGGGGACCAAAUCUCACCUCCCUCCUCUCCUGCUGAGCCAGAGAAUCCCCUGCCCAGGGCUGUGCCAGCCUGGCCUGGCUGCCCACAGCCCCCCCUCGGUGCCUGGUUUGGUCACUCCCCAAAGCCCAAAGGCUGCCCAGGAGCCGGCUCUGCCCCCCUGUCCCACACUGCUCCUAUUUAUUCCUGGCAGCUCCCAGGGCUCUGCUGGGCAGGGAUGACGCACUUGGCCCCGUGUGCUGUCGGCUGGAUGAAUAACUUAUGCUCCUAAAUUAUGAAUCGAGCUUUUGAUUUGUUUUUAAAAUAAACUUUCCUACUUUCUAAGUGGCAGCUUUGUUCUGCUUCCCUUCAGCCAGAGCUGCUGCCCCUAAAAAUGGCACCCUAGGGCCUCGUGCCAAUCCCACUCCUCCCCAAAUCUCUCCUGCCUGGCCAGGGAUGACGCCAGCUCCAGGAUAGGUUGAGGAUUUAUUUCACCUUAAUUCUCUGUGGAACGCACACACACACACACAAAAAAAAAAAAACAACCCCAAACAUGUACAAGGAAGACAAGAGAGAGAAGAAAAACAAACUAACUAAAAAAAAAACCCAAAGCUGUAUUGAGGAAUGGAGAGAAGCCGCUCUCCCUCCCGGGUUCCCGGCACUGCUCGGGCAGGGAGUGAGCAGGAAUGCUCUGCAGAGGGGCCCACGGGGCCCCCAGGGAUGGUCCCAGGCCCCCCCAUCACACACGGUUCCAGUUCACAGUCAAACAGGUCAGUCUGUCCAUCACCAGCCCUUGGUACCCCCAGGGAGCUGCCAUCCCACCCCUGCCAGCUCCUGGUGACCCAAAGAGCUGCCAUCCCACCCCUGCCAGCUCCUGGUGACCCAAAGAGCUGCCAUCCCACCCCUGCCAGCUCCUGGUGACCCCAGGGAGCUGCCAUCCCACCCCUGCCAGCUCCUGGUGACCCCAGGGAGCUGCCAUCCCACCCCUGCCAGCUCCUGGUGACCCCAAAGAGCUGCCAUCCCACCCCUGCCAGCUCCUGGUGA